GUAUCAAGGGGGUUCACCUACCAGCCCACCUGUCAGCUCGUGUGCAGCCUGAACAGGUCGCUUCAUUGCAGGCAAUCAUACCGCCCCUGCCCAGUGCUGUCCCCCAUUACAAUACUGAUGGAGAUUGGCUGGAUGCAGACCUCCGACCCUUGCUUUCUGAUGCCAGUCUUCCGGCACGAUGGCAAGCGGUCUUUUCUGGCUUUCAAAGCUGGCACAAGCACGCGCAGGCCACCAAGCUCACCGGGCUCGAGAUCUACUCCGACGGAUCCGCACCCAACAACACAAGCCGAGGUCCCUCGGAUUGUUACCCCGCUGCCUGGGCCUUUACUGUAUGGGCCCGCGUCGGAGAUGAGUUAUUGUUGGUUGGUCAUUGUGCCCACCCAGCCGUUCCGCCAGGUACCCCUUUUUCCCUUGGUGAGGCCUCAGACGACCCUUUAACAGCCGAAUUACUCGCCUUGGGGUGGGCCUUCAUUUGGGCGUUGGAGAUUGGAGCUUGCAUGCAGGUGCCUAUGCUUUUCCUCUAUGACUCCACGGUCGCGGGCCGUGGAGCCUUUGCCGAGACCCGUCAGCCAACGGCCCCAGGUGUUCCAGAAGGCAUCCCAUUAGCCGAGACAGUUAACCUCCUACGCCAAUGCCUGUCCGCGCGUGCUCUGAUCGGCCACCAGCACGUACCCGGACAUGCAGGAGUGCCACAGAAUGAGCUUGCCGAUCAACUGGCGAAGCGUGCCAGACGGUCCAAAGAAGACACCUACAGCCGACUCCUGCCCACUUGGCCGGCCCACUGGCUACAGCAUCCCCUCCGUCGAUGGGCGUGGAUGACACACCACCGCGUCGCCGCCGUCCCGACCCUCAUGGCUUUGGAGUCGGAGGCUCGCAGACUGCAAACCACAUCUUCCACUGCUAUCCUUCCUCCAAGCGAAGGUAUUAGCACUGUCCAUCGUAAAGCUUCAACAACCCAUUUCGCACUUAACCUUGCUACCUUCAAUACUCUCAGCCUUUUUGACUCCGACGCGCCCAAGGGCCGCAAGAAGCGCAAUGGAGCCUAUGGCAUGAUGAUAGCAGGGAAGCGAGACAUCCUGAAGCGCCAAUUCCUGACGCAACGCCUCUGGGCGAUAGCCCUCCAAGAGACACGCCUACCGGAGGUUCAGAUCGAUGCACCCAGGCUUUCCAUUACCCUCCUAGUAGUGCACGCGCCUAGGAGCAACGGUGCCGUUGAUGAUCCGGCGCGCCUCUUCUGGCAAUAUCGUACGCAAGAGGCAGCAAAAAGACGAGAAGGCUCCACGCUUAUUGUCCUAGCAGAUGCCAACAGCCACGUCGGAUCGCUGACCACCUGUGCGAUCGGGGACUGGCACUCCGAGGAGGAGAAUCAGGCAGGGGAGUUCUUCCACCAAUUCCUUCUGGAUACCGGCACCAUGCUCCCCUCCACUUUCCAGACCUACCACGAAGGUUCCUCAUGGACUUGGACGGGUCCUGGCCCGCACCCUACCCGCCACCGCCUCGAUUUUGUCGGUGUACCCCAGGAUUGGGCGAGCUUCACCAUGCGAUCCUGGAUUUGGGACGACUUCGAAGCCCUACAGGCCCGCCAAGACCACAGGCCAGCCUGCCUUAGUGUGGUUUUUGGCAAACCAACCCCGGCCCUGAGCUAUCAGCGACACUCCCGCAGGGCAUGCCGCCCCAGCCCACAGGAGUCCCUGUUCGUUCGAGCGAGCUUCGUCGGUAGCCUGCAGCAGGCCCCUUCCCUACCUUGGGACACCGAAGUGGAUCAACAUCAGCAGUCCGCUUCUCAGGUCCUUGUCCGGGCAGGACAAGCAUUGUGCCAACCUACUCGAUUACCCCCGAAACAAGAGUACCUUCAGCCGAAUACUCUUGCGCUCGUACACCAACGCUCUGCGCUCCGAGCAUAUCUCCGCGCCGAGAGCCACGAAUGCGAACGCAGGCUUAAGAUCGUGGCCUUCGCAGCUUUUGUUCAGCACAGCCGUGGACUUACAUUGUCAGAUGUAGCGCGUUGCAGGGCAUCUGCUUGGCUCCAAGAAAUUGAUGUCAGCACUGCUCGAGCCCUAGACUGGCUACAUUGGCUGACCGCGGCUCUCCGAGCAGCCGUCAGGCGGGACCGCGCCACCUAUCUGCAAUCCCUUGUGGACAACAUCAGUCUACAAGACCUGCGCCAUCCACAAGCUUUGUAUGGCGCGGUCCGAAAAGCCUUCCCAAAAGCCCAGUCAGCUCGGAAGUCUAACUUCCAACCGCUGCCGGCGGUCAAGCUGGCCGAUGGCACACUGGCGCCCGAUUCAGUCUCGCGCUCGGCACGUUGGCUUGAAUACUUUGCAGAACAGGAGGCGGGACAUGUAAUCGAACUCUCAGAGUACACCGCGGGCUUCGCUGAGGACCCGGUCGACCCCCACCAGGGUGGCCCUCACUUUCAACCGCAGGCCCUACCCAGCCUCCUCGAAAUUGAGCAGCAAGUGGUGAGGCUACCAUUCCGCAAGGCGGCAGGUCCGGACCAAAUCACGGGAGAGCUUCUCCGACUUUCGCCGGCCUUUGCGGCCCAGUGGCUUUACCCCCUGUAUCUCAAGGCCUCCAUAGGCUUGCGCGAGCCGUCAGCCUGGAGAGGUGGAUCCCUCAUAUGUUUAGCCAAGCGGGCUUCCACCCUCUUCCAAUGCACCUCCUUUCGGUCCAUCCUGUUGGCCAACCUUCCGGGCAAAAUUUGGCACAGGGUGCUCCGAGAUAAGCUUACUCCGGCUUACCAGGCGUGCAAAGGGGACCUUCAGGCCGGACAACUGCCCGGGGUGGGCACCGACAGCAUCUCCCUGGCGGUACGCUUGUACCAGUCGUGGGCAAGAUAUUCCGGCCUCAAGUCCGCCCUAGUCUUCUAUGACGUGAAGACUGCUUUCUACAAGCUCCUCCGAGAAGCUCUGGUGCCUACCGGCAAACAGGAGCUCAACCAGGCGGCCUAUAUAGCCGAAGCAGGCGCAGGACCGCACCUGGUCAGUAUGGUUGCCGACAUUCUCCGCGGAACAUGGUUCAGACUUGACGGGGCGACUGCCCUUGUCCUGACUGGGCGGGGCAGCCGCCCAGGAGAUCCCUUAGCGGACCUUCUCUUUUCCUUCACUUUCGCAACCUAUUUCCACAGCUCUGAGUCAGCCCUUGCCGUUAAAGGCCUUUCGACCCCUGUUCCCGGGGUAACAACGGAGCCCCCUUGGCAUACGUGGCAGGCUGUGGACACCAUUGGGUGCGCUGCAUGGGCCGACGAUUACGUGCACCUCCAAGCCGAUGCAGACGCCAGGCGACUUGAAGAAAAAGUCGUACAAUCAACGACGGUACUUUGCGAGCAUGCAACAUCCCUGGGAAUGCAGCUGUCGUUUGACAGGGAAAAGACAGCCGUCUUGUUUUCAGCAGACUGCCCUCGAUGUAAUUCGGCGCAUACCGUUGAGGACCCCGAUCAGGGAAUGUGUCUCAGGAUCAUGGACUCGAUCCGACAGUGCUGGCGUAACUUGCCGAUCGUCGAUAGCUACCGACACCUAGGAGGCGUCAUAGUAGCUAAUGGGACACCAGGCGUUGACAUUGCCUUUCGGUUUUCCCAAGCCAACCAUAUGUUGAAGCCUCUGUAUGGACGCCUCUUUUCGUCCUCACAGAUCCCCAUCAACAUCCGCCGGACCCUUUUGCGCGCCUUGGUCUUGUCGCGCUUCGUCUUUUCAGGCGCAGGUUUGUUUCUGCAUACUGCCCAACACGGGCGACAGUGGCAUCGCCUAUACAUACGGCUCUGGCGAGGCCUCCUUAAGUGGCAUUCGACCGAACAGACACCACACCCUUACGAUGUCCUGCGCGCCGCCCAGGCACCCUCCCCCCCGCUUGCCUUGGCACAGAUGCGCUCGGUCUUACUCAGCCGCCUUCUACGGCACGGCCCGGCGACACUUUUGCACUUAGUCCAUGCUCAGUGGUGUUGCUGCCCCACCAAAUCAUGGCUUAAUCUUUUUCAGGCUGACCUACAGGCGGUGGCGGUGUACUGCCCUCAAGCUCAGCUUGUUCUGCAACAGACAUGCCCUGUCCGUGCCUUGGUGGAGGCGCACCAGGACAACCCCAAAUGGUGGCCGGCCAUGAUAAAAAAGGCUAUAGCCAGUUUUCAGCGGGACCUACACGAGCGAGCGCCUUCUGCUCCCCUUGUUUCCGCUCCGGCUAACAUGCCUUUCGCCUGCAGGUUUUGUGGAGCCCGGUUCGCACUCCGUAAACACCAGGCCGUGCACGAAGCGCGGAGUCAUGGCGCAAUUAGCCUGGUCCGCUAUUACGCACCAGACGCAGCAUGCCACAGCUGCAUGAAGUGGUACCAUACAGUGGACCGUGUGCAGUACCACCUCAAGACCAGCCCCGCGUGCUUGCAACGCCUCGGACACGUCCUUGCGCCUCUUGCCCUUGACCAGGUCCAUGAGGCAGAGGCUGCUGACAAACACCGCAAGCGACAGCUCCGCAGAGGCCAAUGGCGCCACGCACAGACGGCGCUUCCGGCUCAACCCUGGUAUGGCCCGCGCCUGCCGGACUACGCGGACCGCACCACAGGCCUAACUGAGGAUGAUUUCACCCUUGCUAUCAUCCAGCAGGCCUACCACCCCAAACCAGAACAUCUUGAGCAGAUCCGUGCGUUCUUGGCUGCAGCGUCCAGGGAGGGGCCCAGACAAGGAAGCCAAGAGUUUUGGUUUUCUAGGCCGAACACCGGCCCCCCGUCUCACCCUUGUGCAUUUUUGGACGCGCCUCUUUAG